AUGGCAAUUUCAGCUAGUCUUUUCAUCAACCAAAAGGGCAUUACCACUGCCCUUAAGCAGCCAAAAGAAGUUGGAUACUAUUCUAGAAACCAACAAGGCGAUAUAUUCCCCUUUGAUGAUGGAAAAUUGAAGUAUUAUUAUCUGCCAAAUAGUGACAUCGACAAAAAUAUAGAACUUAACAGUGGGUUCAAAAAAUUUAAAAAUUGUCAACAAUUGUUCAAAGAUAUCGCAACUUUGCAUCCAAUCCUGGAGACAAUAAUCCAGUAUGAGACUUUGAAAGGUAAAUCUUUAAAAUGUGACAUUGUCGCCUACAGUGAAACGAUCGUGAAGUUAAUAUGUGCAUCUUUUGAAAAUUCUAAGAUUAAUCCAAUUGACAUGAGGUUAAUAUCGUAUAGAGGACAACUAUAUAUCAAAGAUAUGACUUUGCAAGACGUUCUAAAGAGACCAUUGGGCAUACAAGAUUAUAUUCCAUUUAAAUUUGAAACAGUAUCCACUCUGACACAGCCGUUGCCAUAUAUUGAAAGAGAUAUCCUUGAGAAAAGACACAGAAAGAUAUCGAACAAUGGAGAUAAGUUUUUCUCUUUGGUGAAAACUGGCAUAAGUAAAUCAAAAUUCUUACUUAGUGAGGAAGUUAGUUGUGUUUAUGAUUUUAAGCAGGAUAAUAAAGAUGAUUUAAAGCAUUAUGCAAAACUUUGCGUAUCACCAGUCAUAUCCAAUUUAAACGAUUCGCAUAAGUUUGAAACUCUAAUCUUUAAGACUUGGCUUAGAUGUUUUCUAAUGGGUGUACCAAAAAUCAUAUAUGGGUUCUAUGAUGAUAGUAGGAAUAAUAAUAAUAAUAAUAGUGGUAGUAGUGUUUUAAAAACUGUAGAAGAAUUCAUGACUGAAGAAAUUCCCAUUUUAUUUAAAGAACACAACCCGGAAUUGGCUACUAAAUGUACAAAUGCAAUUAAAUGGUAUGGUUUAUUCUCUGAGUGGUUAUUAAAAAUAGUACCCCAUGAAGAAAACUCUGAGAUUAUCAAACCAUUUAAGUUAAUAUUGGAUAAUAAUCAUUUGAAAUUGAUUGAAAUAGAAUCAAAUGAUCAGGAAUAUGAAGGUAUAGUGAAUGGAGAAACAAUUCUUAGUGAAAGGUAUAAAGCAUGGAAAAAUAAAUCUUAA